AUGCGGUCGCACAUGCUGAAACGUCUUUAUUGUUUCACAUUUAUUUUGCAGCUAGGGUUGCCUGAGAAUAUGACAGAGACAAAUACGACGCAAAAUGAAAUUAACAAAACCCUCACAAUGAAAUUUCUGGCAACAAACUUUAGCAGUGCCACAUUCAAUAUAGAGUCUUCGACAACAACUGCUGUGCCAAAAAUUCCUGUCUGGGAGGGGCUCCUCCUCUUAUCAUUCAUUUCCGCCUGUCUUAUUGCGGGAGGAUUUCUCUACGCUCUUUUGCUUUGGAUUAUUUCCAAAGUGUAUUAUUUCAAUGGCGAUGAAGAGCAAAGAGCUGCUGAUCCCGAAAAAGUGGAGGAUGCAGUGUACAAACCUCCUCCAACUAAAAAAGAAAACACUGACAGCAGCAAGCGAACGGCGCAGAAACGCUCAACAGAGAAACAAGAUCAUCUCUUGAGUCCAGAAGAUCCACAUGAGGAGAGCGAUAAGAAGAAAUCAGGCAGCGAAAAGCAACUCUCAACAAAACACUCUACAUCUGAUUUGCUUCUGAGUCCACCAACAACUCCAAAAUUUUUGUCUCAAAGCGAAAAAGGCAGCGACACUCAGCGAAGUGCAAAAUCAGGAACGGUUGGAUAUUCUUAG